AAUUCCAAGUUUAUUUUCGAAAACAUCGAUCACGUCAUACAAAGUAGCGCCCACUAGCGAGCUUUUCUAUAAGCUAUCUGACGUUCAGAAGUAAACAGUUUCAGUUAUUUGCAAUCAGCUGAUUUCGAUUAGAUUUAUCUUUCACCCGUUAGGAAAAAAGCGAAAGUUUUGUGAAUACAGUGGUUUGUGUUCAUGUUCAACGUUUAUUAUUUAUAGAUAAGUUACAAUGAGCCGUCCAGCUAUCUUGCAGCACGUGAGGCGAGCGCACUCAGCUACUUGGAAAAAGAACCCGCAUCUCGACAAGAUAAUUCGUGUUGACCACGCCGGCGAGCUUGGCGCGGACCGUAUCUACGCGGGGCAGAUGGCUGUCCUCGGCAACACGGCCGAAGGACCGACCAUCAAACACAUGUGGGAGCAGGAGGUCAAGCACCGCGAGCGCUUCGAACAGUUAAUAAACGAAUACAGAGUGCGGCCAACAGUGCUCACGCCGAUAUGGAACGUUGCUGGCUUCGUCCUUGGCGCAGGCACCGCUCUAAUGGGGAAAGAAGCCGCCAUGGCCUGCACCGUGGCCGUCGAAACCGUUAUAGUGGAACACUACAACGACCAGCUCCGCACCCUCAUGGAGGACCCCAACGUGGACCCCGAGAUCCUGGCCACCAUCACCAAGUUCCGUGACGAGGAGCAGGAGCACCACGACACCGGGAUAGACCAUGGCGCAGAGCAGGCGCCCUUCUAUAAGGCGCUCACUGAGGUCAUAAAGGCUGGGUGUAAGGGGGCUAUCGCUAUUUCUAAGAGGAUUUAAUAUACGUAAAUCGCAAAUACAA